AUGCGUUUCGAACUCCCCAUUAUCCUGGCUCUUGUAGCCCAGCUGGCUCAGUCUAGCCCCGUUUUGGACAACAAUUUGCAGGCUCGCACGGUCGAGGAUGGACGCAAGCACCCCAACGAUGCCGAACGCCAGGAGUGUACUGAUUAUUGCGCCAAGAAGCACCCGGGCAGGGUUCCAGGACGGCAAAGCAAGGUUAAGCCGGAGCAGCGUGCCCACUAA